AUGGCACAACCACAAACAGAUGCUCAAAAAUACGACAGACAGCUCCGACUUUGGGGUGAAGUUGCACAGUCCCGUCUUGAGUCAUCACGUGUUCUCUCGAUUGGCAGUGAUUGUGUCAGUGUUGAAUUUCUGAAAGCUAUUGUUCUUCCAGGCAUUGGAUUUAUCGGUGUUGCUGACGACAAAGUUGUUGAUGCUGUUGACCUUGAGACAAACUUUUUCAUCGACAUUGAUCAAGUAGGACAAAAGCGAGGUCAAUGUGUUCUGAAUAAUUUGUUAGAGUUGAAUGAUCGAGUCAAAGGUGAGUUCAUUGACAUGUCUAUUGACAAAGUUGUUGAGAAGAGUGAGAUAUACAACGACUAUGAUAUCUUCGUGUGUUGCAAUCAACCCCACAAAUAUGUUGUUGAGAUGUCAAAGAGAACAAAAAGCCCAGUGUUUGAAGUGGAGACCAAUGGGUUCUUGGGAUUAGUCAAAGUGUAUGUUGAGUCACAAGUUGUGUUUGACGAUGGCAAUGUUAAUGUCCCAAUGGAUUUAAGAAUCCCAUCACCUUUCCCACUCUUCCAAGACUUCUAUAACACCUUCGACUUCACAAAAAUGGACAAAGACACCCAUCAACAUGUGCCAUUCCCCAUCAUUUUGAUCUUCGCAUUGAACAAAUGGAGACAAGAACACAACACAACGGGUAUCCCAAAGACCAGUGACGAUAAAAAACAGAUUAAAGAAAUUAUCAAGAAAGAGUCUCACUGCUUAUUUGCAGAGGAGAAUUUCCAAGAGGCAUAUAAUAUGUCAUUCUAUACGUUCCAAACAACACCAGUCAGUGUACUCGAACUUUUGAAAGACAAGAGAUGCACUGGAAGGUUGACUGAAAUGACUAAGGAACAAAUUGAAUUCUGGGGUUUCUUGGGAGCCGUUAAAGUGUUUUACGAGAAGCACAACAGAACUCCAAUAGAUUCUGGAAUUAAAGAUAUGAUAUCGAGCAACACGUUCUUUGUGAAGCUACAAGAAGUCUUCACAAAACAACUUGACAUCGACGCAAACGAAAUUUUGAAAACCGCUGAAGAGAGGCUGAACGCCGAAAAAGUCGAGAAAUUUAAAUUUACAUUAGAAGGUGUCAAAAGACUCUGCAAGGCAUUGAGAAAAAUGUACGUUGUUGAUGGAGUCAAUGGAGAGACUAACCAGAAGUGGGACACCGUUGACGAGUAUGAACUCACACAGCCACAAUCGAUUUUGAUGUACUUGGCUGUGAUGUAUGCAGUUCAAGAUUUCAAUGAGAAGCAUGGAAAGUUCCCAGUAGGUAAUGGUGAUGUUGCUGAGUUGUUGGGACUCACCAAAAAGGUGUUGGAGAGGAAGGAAGCUAAAGUGGAAGUGGACAAAACAUGUGUCGAGCAGUUGGCUAGGUUUGGAGGUGUUCAAAUCCACUCUGCGAACUCUGUUGUUGGGUCAUUUGUGGGCCAGGAAGUAAUCAAAUACGCUGCACACCAAUUUGGAUGUCUUAACAACACUUUUGUGUUUAACACCGAAAACUGUUUGAGCAUCCAUGGACAUUACUAA